UCACGAACGUUUGCAAAAUAUAUAAACUUGACUUUGUAGCUGUUUAAAAAUAAGAUUAUUGCAAGUGUUCAUAAUGGAUUUGAUAAUAUUUUGUAUAGUUCUAACAUUUGGAACUGUGUUUUCUGCACCUGCAGGCAAUCUUUAUAUUCCUAUACUUAAGCUGAUUCCGAACGAUAACACUCAUUUGGAAAAUGAGUUGGAUAAUCAGUGUGUUACAAAAGAACACAUAAAUGAAAUCAUUGGUAAUCUGUCAAAUCAUUCGAAGGAUGCUAUAGGGAGUAAUUAUGCCACCAAAGCUGAUAUAGCCGAGUUGAAUAGAAAACUAGAUAAUAUAUCUGAGAUGAUCAUGAAACAGAUCAAUCAAAUGCCAAUUGACUGUGAAGAUAUUCAAAAAGAAGACUACCAAACAACUGGUGUCUAUACAAUAUACCCGUACGGAGGACCGAAAGGAAUAUCUGUUCGCUGCGAUAUGGAUACAUCGAUUGGCGGAUGGACUGUUAUCCAAAGAAGAGUUUCCGAUAGUAACUUUUAUCAAAAUUGGGAUAUGUAUGAAAGAGGGUUUGGUGAACUCGACGGAAACUUUUGGCUUGGUAAUCGCUUCAUACACCUGAUCACAAGUCAGGCAAAAUACGAACUUCGUGUUGACUUGGUGAGUUCUACUGGGGAAAUGGCCUAUGCUGAGUACAAAGAAUUUUCGGUUGGAGAUGUCUUGUCUGGCUACAGGCUGUAUGUUGACAAGUUUAGUGGUACGGCUGGUGACAGUUUAUCCUAUCAUAAUAGAAUGCCAUUUUCUACCUUUGAUCGGGACAAUGACCAAGACAGUAUUAACUGUGCUGUGGUACGUCACGGUGCUUGGUGGUAUAAAGAGUGUCUUCAUUCCAACCUCAAUGGAGACUAUGGUAACAGUAAGGCAUAUAUAGGCCCAAUUUGGUACCACUGGAAGGGAGCUACAGACCCUAUGAAGAAUGUAGAAAUGAAAAUUCGCCGAGUAAAAUAGUUUUGCAUAUAUUAUUCUAUGACUGAAUUAAAGCAGUAACUCAUCAUACUUUUAUGUCAUAACACUACCUGUAUGUUUGACCUUUGUGUUUAGUAAUAUAAACAUAUAUGAACGCUAAGUAGUAAAAUACAGCUUUAAGAGCAUUCAUUAGAUUCAUGUAUAAAUGCAUGAAAACAUAUUUUAACUACAAAAUUAAUAGGAUCUGGUAAAUAUUGGGUAAGGUCUUCUGCCCGUAUUGCGAUUUUCACUUGCUUGACUAGUCCUGUUAUGUCUUGGACAAUAGUGGGAUCAUAUUGUGAAAUAAUUGUUCACUUUGUGAUUUGGCUAUAUGGACCAAUUCUUUUCAAUUUUAGCUAUGGGCCAAUCUUCAAACAUCAAAAUCGCCGCCAUUUUCGAGAUGGCCGCCAAGAAUGUAACAAUAAGUGACACUAAAAAUACUGUUUGAUAAAUUCAUAAAUAGUUAUUAAAUUUAUUAAUUAUAUUUUGCACACAUAUAAAUCAGUGUUUGUCUCUAAUAAGAUUUGAAUUUAAUGCUGCAUUUAUUUAAAAUGUCUUCCAAAAUGGCCGCGAAAUGCAUAAAAAGUGUUUUUUUUUUAUGUUUCAAAGUUAUUCGUGCAUUCAUUACUUCUAUUUUGAUUGUGUAUCACUCGCAGUCAUAAAUACGUUUAACAAACCAAGAAUUUUACUAACUACCUCGUAAAUUAUUACUCAGACCCUGAACUGCGCCCAUAAGUCUAUCCUCGGUCACAGUCUCCACCACACAGACAAACAAAGAGCUGUGCACAGCAGGUCAUCUUCGAUACAUGUAUAGACCCCACACGACAACCAAUCUGGGUACUACAUCUUCACUUCAGUAACUCCUGACAAGACUCGAAUGCCUGUUGUAAUUUUGUCCAGAAAGGCUCCCGUGCAUUAUCCUGACCUUUCACCCAACACCAGUUACUUUGACAAUGAAGUUCGGGGAGGGCAAAAGCGGAACAUUCAGUUUAAAGAAAUCGAUCUGAUUUUAUUUUAUUCUAUUAAUAAAUCUUUAGGCCCCCGGCUAUGCUCUUUUUUAUCGGAGCUAAAAUAAUUUAACUGCGGUUUAAAUCAUAUUCAUGCGGGAGAUUAUUAAAUAUUUAUAAUGAAUGAAAUAAGAGCGUCCAAAGCAGGCCUUCACGCUUACACACAAGGGAAUUUGAGGUAAUUCACUGUCCCACAUUAUUUUAUGUGAAGCUGGCUUCACAUGGUUUUAUGUGAAGUUGGCAUACUUUACAUGCUGGGAAAUGUGAACUUGUACACUUUUUUCAGUGAAGUCUGAGUAGUAUAUAAUAUGAAAAACAAGAUCAACAAGGAAAGGCGGCGUUCAAUGAACGCAACCCCCAUAUGACCCAGCAACAAGAACCAAUGGCAAGGAGCCCAGGCGGACCCCAAACAUAAAAAGGACAGGGCAACGACACGUUAAUCAUUAAAUGAUAAAUAAUUUGUAACUGAUUAGGAAUUCAAAGAAAAUAAUAAUAGGCCCACAAAGGGGAAGGGGACAGGAUACCGGGGGAAGGGGGGGGGGGUUAAUCAAAGAAAUAAAAACUAGAGGCAAUGGGGAAGAUACUUACCGAAGACGAGAAAACAACAAGGGACACAAGCAAAAGUGUCACCAAAACAGUAUGAAACAACAUAGACAUACAUCUGAGGAACACAGUGGGGCGCCGCCUUGGAACGGUCAGCAGCAUAAUAAUGACUGCUGGGGAGUUUAAACCGGUUAAUGGUGCACCAAACCUCGCUCUUAGCCCCACCAUGUUCCUAUAAACUGACGUGAGUUCAUUUGCAGGGACACACACGUAAACAUCUUGCCAAGUACAGUUUUUAUUCAAUAAACAACAACAAAUCUUUAAGAUACUUAAUUAUUUUUUACAAGUCAUUACGAAGAAUUAUCAUUUUUGAUAGGUGAUGUUUUAAGUAUUGUGCUGUGUUGUUGACGUAAGAUGUUCUUAUAUUAAUUUCUCAUAAAAUAUAUUUGUGAUUGACUGUUGUAAGAGAAUAUAAUAAUUUGCGUUUAUCUAAUAAAUAAAUUUCACUUAUAAGUUUA